AUGUCGUCUACUCUCGCACCCGCCACCCUCUCUCCCAACAACCCCAUCACCCCCUCCUCGGUCCCGACCACACUCGCCAAGCUCGGCCUCACAUGCCCCGAGAAGGAUCUGGAGGGGUACACUUCCCUCCUCACGGGGCUAUGGGAAGUCUGGAACAAGGUCGACCAGAUGGAAGACUAUGUCCCGACAGUCGAUGAGAAGCGGUUCCCGCGGACGGAUAUCAAGGGUCCCGAGGAGGUGGAUAAUGAGUUUGGGGCGUGGGCCUGGAAGUGCCGGAUCGAAGAUAAGGAACAGAAGGGUGGUCUGCUUACGGGCAAGACCAUCUGCUUGAAGGACAAUGUAGCGGUCAAGGGCGUGCCAUGCCUCCUCGGUACAGACAUCUUUACGGGCUGGACACCGAACACCGACGCUACCCUCGUGACUCGCAUCCUCGAACAAGGCGGUAUCGUCACCGGCAAAGCGGUCUGCGAGAAUCUCAGUCUUUGGGGCGUAUCAUGCUCUGCUGCAUCGGGUCCCAUGUCCAACCCCCACGCAGAGGGCUUCUCCGCUGGCGGCUCGUCAUCCGGUACCGCCGUCCUCGUUGCCCGUGGUCUCGUCGAUCUCGGUAUUGGCGGUGACCAGGGCGGGUCGAUCCGUCUCCCCUCCGCGCUGAGCGGUAUUGUCGGACUGAAGCCUACCACCGGACUCGUUCCUUACACCGGUAUUGCGAGCUUGGAGCCGGUCAUUGACUCUGCUGGACCUAUGACCAAGACUGUCCUCGACAAUGCCCUCCUCCUCCAAGCCAUAGCCGGCGCAGACGGGAUUGACGACCGUCAGCUCGCCGGCUGCCCCUUCCCUGACCAAGUUCCCGACUACCCCAAGCUCGCCACGGCAGGCGUCAAAGGCCUCAAGAUCGGGAUCAUGACCGAGGGGUUCGAGACGUCGAUGGCGGAUCCGAGGGUCUCGGCUUUGGUGCGCAAGGCGGCGGAAGAGUGGAAGGCUCUCGGGGCGGAGGUGGGUGAGGUCAGCGUGGGGAUGCACAAGCUGGCGCCAGAGAUUUGGGCUGUCGGCGGUCGCCUCUCUGCAACUACCUCUCUCCUCGGCCAGAACUGCGGUCGCCGUCAGCUCUGCAUGAACGAUCUUACGGAGAAGAUGCUGCCCAUUACCCAAGAGAAGUUUGACAAGAUGUUUGCGAGCGGGGCAAACACACUCAUCAACGGUGUCUGGGGCUGGGAGAACUUGCCUCCUACUCUUAUGGGCAAAGCCACCAACCUCAUCCGCAAGCUCCGCGACUCCUACUACUCCGCCCUGGAUGAAUACGACCUCCUCGUCAUGCCCACUGUCCCUUUCCUCGCCCCUAAGCUCCUGGACGACGUCAAGAACGCUAGCGUUACCGAUCUCAUGAUCAACUCGGCUGGCGUAUCGCUAAACACCAGCGCUUUCAACAUCACCGGUCUCCCCGCGCUUUCUCUGCCUGUUGGCCGUCUCCCUCACUUGCUCGACGAGUCCGCCAUUCUACCGGUCGGUGUCCAGAUCGUCGGCAAAUUCUACGACGAGCCGAAGAUCUACGCGGCGGCAUAUGCCUGGGAACAGGCUCAUGACUGGACCACAUAUGCCUAG